AUGGAUGCCGAGGACUAUUUCAACCUGCUGCUUUCCCCCGUUCGACCGCGUCGCUACCGUGAACAAUUAGGGGCUGAUUGCGACUCCGAUGCCGAGAACGAAGACGAGAACAACGAUAACGACUCCGUGUAUGAAAGUCCUGAGGGCGGCCGAGACAACCGGGAAGGCGAAUCCAGAGACAACCUCGAUGGCAAGAUCGACUGUCGCGGCCGCCACGGCGUAUUCGAAGUCCAGGCCACCCUCCGCGAGUUCUGGACCAAACUCGACAAUGACCAGAUGGAAUACUGCAGCCGAUGCCACGAGUGUUGGUUUCAGAUGGAAAUAGAUUAUGACGGCAUUUGUUCGCGUUGCUAUCGAAAGGAUGAGAAACGUGGCCCCGACGAGCCUUACUUCUUCUCUGCGGAAAACCAGCUCGACUUUGGCCCCGUGCCGACCCGAUUGCCCGAGCUCACACCUACCGAAGAGGCAUUGAUUGCUCGUGUCCAUGUCCACGUGAACAUUAUGCUUGUGCGGGGGCAGCAGUACAAGUAUCGAGGGCACGUCGUUAACUUUCUCCGCGAGGUUGGCUUGGUGUACAACCAGCUCCCUCUCCUGCCGCGGGAGUUGAACACGGUGUUGCUGCGUCCUGCCAACACGUCGUCACACGCUAAUCUCAGCCGGCAGUUCGCCCGCCAUUUCCGCGUGCGUCGCCAGGCGGUUAUGAUAUGGCUAGACUACCUCCGCCAUCAUCAUCCUGGCUAUCGAUCCAUCGCCAUUGACGACGAGCGACUGAGCCAACUGCCCGAGGACGGCAGUGUGGUGGACGCCAUCCCCCAAAGUCAGGUGGAGGCUGCCGAUCAUGUGCGGUCGUACCGUGUCGACGAGGAUUCCUACAAUCUCAAGAGGUGGAGGAGACUCGCGGUUGAGUGCUUUGCGGCGGCGUACCAGUGCUGCCGGCAGCGACACCAUUUCCACGAGGACGACCAUUACGGGGAGGUGGGAGCAAAUGAGCUGCAGGCAGAGGACGAUGAGUUUGAGCGGGAGGAGCACGAAGAGCCUGUCGUGGAGGAAGAUUGGCAUGAACUCGCCCGUAUGCUGCCGGAUCAUCCGCUGGAGGAGGACGAUAUCGACGUGCUGGGCCGGCGAGAUGUCGACGUGAAUUAUGACUGGACUCCCCACGUUGGACGGUAUACCGAUGACGGCAUUCUCCACGGUGACUUCUGGAAGCAACGCAAAGCCGAAAGCCCCCUUCACCUUGAUGUGGAUCAUCAGCCGCUGGAGGCUCGCGAUUCCCUGAAUCCGGAGCAGCGCCUAGUGUACGAUACGGUGAUGGGCCACUUUCUGACCCAGGCCUGCUCCCAGUUGUUACUCCAUGUGGACGGUGGCGGUGGCACGGGCAAAUCGUACCUUAUCAAUCUGCUCUCGGCGCACCUCCAAGCCGCCUCGGGAGGAAGAGGCACGCCCGUUUGGCGUGCCGCGCCCACGGGCGUUGCGGGAAAUCAGAUAUCGGGCACCACCUUGCACUCCCUGCUGCACCUCCCCAUCAACAAGGACUUCAAGCCCCUGUCAGCGAUCGACAAAGCUCAGCUCCAGAAGAAGCUGAAGAAUGUCAAGUACCUGAUCGUCGAUGAGAAGAGCAUGCUGGGUCUGCGACAGCUGUCAUGGAUUGAUGACCGUCUCCGUGAGGCGUUUCCGAAUAGGAAUGAGGAGUUCUUUGGUGGUCUUAAUAUCCUCCUGGUUGGCGACUUCUUUCAGCUUCCCCAGAUCAAGGGCAGGAACGCAUAUCGGCGCUUCGACAAGACGGUUUUCUUGAAGGUUGCCCAGCGUCAGCGCGGCGACGAUCAGGGAGCGUUUCGCUCAGCUCUUGAGGAAUUGCGGUUGCUCCAACUAUCUAUGGAGUCCUGGAAGCUCCUCUCCAGCCGCGUGCAGGCGAAGCUGGACGAUCAGGAGGUUGCCAGGUUCGUCAAUUCCCUGCGAGUAUACGCCACGAAAGACAGGGUCAUGGCUAAGAACGUUGGCCCCGAUGCUGCUGCUGCUCCUGACGACAAGCCGGUUGGCCUCUGCAACGGUGCACGUGACCCUCCUUGCGUGAUUAUGAUGGAGUUUGACAAGUACAUGGGGCCAGUAUUCCUGACCACCUCAGAUGGCAGGAAGAUUGUCCCAAUUCUGCCAGUAAACAGGGACUUCCUCGUCGGAUCCACACUCUGCACUCGCACGCAGUUUCCCCUGAUCGUAUGCUACGCCAUUACGGUUCACAAGUCGCAGAGCAUCACCGAAGACAUGAUCGUGACAGAUCUGUCCUGCCGUGACUUUCAGACCGGUUUGAGCUACGUGGCCGUCUCGCGUGUGAAGACGCUGCAGGGUCUAAUGCUAGAUGCGCCGUUUGACCGCAAUCAUCUAACUUACGCUCGCCGCCGGAAGGAAUUAAGAUGA